AUGGAAAAUUAUUUAAUUGAAUUUUUUUUUUUGUCAAAACUUUUUAUAUUUAAUCUUAAUAUUACUAAAAAGUAUUAUCUUUAUAUAGUUUUUUUAUUUUAUUUAAGUAUUUUAUAUGCGAAAAAAUGGGAAAGUAGUAAAAAGGACAAUUUUUUUUUUAUUAGAAAAAUUAAUAUUAAAAAAGAAAAAAAUUUAUUGAAAAAUGAUAGAAAUACUAAUAAUAUAUCUCUCUUAGAAAAAAAGUAUAGAAAUGAAAAUAAGAACAUUGUUUUUAUUGAAAAUGGUACAAAUGAUGAAAAUAAAAUAAAUUAUAUAAAAGAUUAUUUUAAUAAAAAUGUAAAAGAAAUAAAAUAUUUAAGUGAUCUUCAAAAAAAUUUUAUAUACUUAAUAGAAAGAAAUAAUAAUAUGCUAUUACAUGCUAAAACAUCUAGUGGAAAAACAACUAUAUGCAUAUUUUAUUUUAUUUUAAAAUUUUAUUAUAAAUGUGAAUUUAUUUUUGAUGAAGAUAUAGAAAGAGAGAAAUAUAUGAAUAAGGAGCAUUUUAAAGAUAAUAUAUUUGAUAGGAAUAAGUACGAAAAAUAUCUGUAUAGAAAUAAACUUAUGUAUAUACCAUUUAGUGAAAAGUGCUCAGAAAUUUUUGAUAUUAGAGAAAAUAAAGAAUUAUUAAUUGAAGAAAAAUCUAAUAUUAAGUUAAAAAAUGAAAAAAUUCUCAUCUUAUGCCCUUCAAAAGAGUUAUGUGUUCAAAUUUCUCAAAAUAUAUUAUCUCUAAUAAAUAAUAAAAAUAAAGAAAUAAUUAAAUUAUUUAUUGAUAAACAAGUUGAUAAAAACAAACAAAGAAAAGAGAAUAAUAAAAAAAAGGGAAAAAAACAAAAAGAGAACGAUAAUUUAAAAGUUGAAAAUAUUAAGCAUAAUGAAAUUUCUAGUUCUUUAAAAGAAAUGAAAAAAAAUACAACUAAUACAAAUGAAGAAAAAGAGAAAAACAAAUGGAAAUUAAAUGAAAACAUUAGAUUAAAUGGAAAUAAUAAUAUAAAGGUAAAUGAGGAACUUACAGAAAAUGAUAUGUUAAAAGAAAUUAAUAAGUUAAAGAAUGCUCUUUUUCUUAUAGGAACUCCUAUUAGCUUUAAAAAUUACAUUUUAAAUUUGGAAAAAGAGAGUUUAAAAGAGUUUUUACAAAGUAUUAAAUACAUAUUUUUUGAUGAAAUAGAUAAGCUCUUUCCGUCAUUAAAAAAAAACAAUCUUAUAAAAACAAAAAAUAAUAUAAAAAAGAAAAAUGCUUAUUUAAUAUUAGAGACAAUAAUGUAUAUGAAUAAAAAAAAUUUAAUUUUUAUUGGGUGUUCUAGUACUUUAAAUAGGGAACUGCAUAGAAAAAUAUAUAAGUUAUUAAGUUUGAAUAGAAGUAAUUCAAAAAAAAAAAUUUACUUAUUAAGAGAAAAAAACAGUUCAUUACAAACAAUAAAUAGCCAAGAAAAUAAUUUAAUUAAAAUAAAUUCUUUUAAUUUUGAUGAAAACACAAAAAAAAAAUUAAAUGAAAAUGACGAAAAAUUUAGAAAAGAAGGAAAUACUUUUGAAAAAAAUGUGACUAGUGAAAUAGAAGAAUCUUAUUCUAAAAAUUUGGAUUUUAAUAAGCACUUAAAUAAUGAAAACAUAAUGCAAAAAUAUGUAAUAAAAAUAAGAAUUCCUAAUAAUAUUUAUCAUUUUUAUCAUGUGAUAAACGAUGAAUUAUUUGAAAAUAAAAUAAAGGAAUCUUAUAAAAUAAUAGAACAUUUUUGCCAACAAAAAAUUUUAAUUCUAAUUAAAAAUGGUUACUCAUUAAUGAAUAUAAAAAAAUUUUUACAAGAAAAAAAUAUAUUUUGUAUAUUAUUACAUGAGAAAUUACAAAUAUCUUUACAGGAAAAUAAUAAACACUUAAAAAAAUUGUGCAAUAAUUAUGAAGAAAUAAGAAAUUUAAAAGAAAUAUCUACAAAAGAAAAAAAAUUUAUAAAUAAGUUUCCUGUUAUUAUAAGUUCAUUUGACGCUAUUCGAGGUUUUCACAUAAAUAAUUUAGAUAUCGUUAUUUUAUGUAAUAAACCAAAAAAUGUAAAUGAAUACAUUCAUUUAUGUGGAAGAGUAGGAAGAAGAAAUAGAGUUGGAUAUUCAAUCUUGAUGGAAAAUGAAAAAAAUAUAAAUAUUAUUAAAAAAUGGCUAACCAAUAUAGAUGUAAACUUUAAUAAUUUAUUCUUAAAUAAUAAUCCUGUAAAAAUAGAAAAAGGUGGUGAAAAGAAAAUGAAAGAAAAAAUAGAUUUAAAUUAUUUUGCUUCUUGUAUAUUAGAUGAAUUAAAAGACGAUGUAUGA